UUUUAUAUCUGUGUGUAUUACAUAUCCAGCGGAACGCAGCUUGUUGCUCUCUGUUCAGUCUUUCCAGUGUUUCUUACUAGUUCCCACCAGCCGAAUUCGGUUUGUAACGAUGGCUUCUAAGGAUGCUUCUGUGGACCGCCAAAUAUCUGAACAACCCGUUUCGGUUCAGGAUGACUUGGAACCGGUUCCAAACAGCCCCGAAAAUGAGUCGUUUGUUGUCAUAAAAUCAGCUCAAGAUCUUGCUAGUAUUGACGACAAUGACAUACCAGACUUCAGCAUGACACUCGAGCAUAAAGAUAUUAUCCGUGAAGAACUAGCUCAUUUUGAAACGUUUUCUAAUCAGCCUCAACCCAGUGUGAACAGCUAUGUCUUUGCCAUCAACCCUGUAAAUGAAUCCACCGCAGAUUUGAACAGAUCGCAAGCACAGUCCAUUGAAUCAAGCAAACCAUUUGCCAAGGGGAUUAAUAAUGAGCUGCCUUCUUUAAGUAGCACCUCUAGUUUUCCUGCCUUACCGCAAAUGGCUAAUAAUGAAGAUACGGCUAUUAGCAUCGCCGAUUUUAGUCGUAGUGACUUCUGUUCAGAAGGAAUUCAAGAAAAAGUCUACCAACUGAUUGAGGAAAAUACGCAUCUACGGGCUACCGUAAUUCAAAAUAAUAAGAGCAUGAGAGCACAAUACGACUUGGUUGUUGCAUGGCGAAAGGAUGUUGAACGAGUUCAUUUAGCCAAUAAACAAGCGUUUUUGGACAGAAGCAAACUUAUUGAAACUUUGAAAGAUGAAGUGUCCGCGUUGAAGGAAGAAAACGAACUGCUACGUCAACCUCUGAAUGCCUCAAAAAGUAAAAUUGAAAAUGAUGUCACAGAAUCCGAACUCUUCAUCGCCAAGGAAAAUAUUCAAAAACUUGAGAAAGCUUUCGAACAAUUAAAUAUUGAAAAUAAACAAGAAGCUGCUGAGUCGAGCCAAAAAAUCAAGCAACUGGAAGAGGCCUUAGCGAAUUCGACACAAAAACAGAAUGAAUUACAAAUGUAUGCGGGCAAAGUAAAAAUAUUGGAAGAGGAUGUACAGAAAAUUACUAUUAAAGCAAGUCAGGAUCUUUCCUGUGAGGCAGAAAAAUUGAAAGGUGUGGAAAUGAAACUGGCCGGCUGUGAAGCAGAGCUUGAAUCUGUUUUCAAGAAAAAUUCCAAUUUAGAAAAACAGAUGAGUGAUAAUGAGCAAAUUAAGAAGACAUUAGAGAGAAAACUGUUCGAAUCAGAACAGACUAACGCCCGUAGCCAGCGCGAACUAAUGCUUAUGAAAAACCAAGUUAUGCAAUGGGAAAAUACUCGCGCGGCUGACACGUGCGAAAAACUUCAGCGCGAUUUUGAUGAAGUUUUGGCCGAGAAAGCGACAUUAAUCGCAGAAUUGGAUACGAAAAAGUCCCAAAGUUUGGACGAUCAAGCUUUAAUCGAAACACUGCGACAAGAAAUUGCCCAAACUCAGCAAAUAGUUAAAGUGCACGAAGCACAAGUUGCAUACGCAAAAGAAAAAGAAGAAGAGGCGAAAGUCGAUGCCUGGAUGUCUAAACAAAAAAUAGAUGCAUUGGAGCAAAAAUUACAACUUAGCCAAAAAGCGUCUGUUUGUAGCGACGAAUUAACGCUUCUACGACAACAACUGAUGCAAUCUCAGAUGGCUCUAACUGAUUGUAACCAAAAGCUAGCGAUGGCUGAAUCAAAUAUGCUUUCACUUAAAACGGAAAAAGAGGAAUUACUGCAGAGGAUCGAAAGCAGGCAGGCGCGCGAUGACGAUAUUGAGUUUGCUUUAAAGGCCCAGUUGAAAAUGUACGAGACAGAUUUCACUGCUGAGCGUGAGGCGAAAGAAGACGUUAAACGUGAAAACCGCAGAAUUAGUGAUGACCUCCAACAACUACACAGACGCAACCAGCAGUUACAAGAAGAAAUUGAACAUUUAAGGGAACAAAUCACACAACGUGGAGGUCAAGUUGCGGAACGUCGCACAUCACAAACUUCUAAUAAUAUAAAUCGAGGUGCCAUUGUGUGCCCCGGUUGUAGUCUUCGAUUUAAUUCCAUCCACGAGAUUGAAGUACAUGUGUUACGCUGCCCAGACUUCCGUGCCUAAAACACGUUGUUACCGAGUACGGUUUGCGUAAAAUAGUUAAUAUUUAAGGUGUUUAAAUAUUUAGCGCUUCAUAUAAUUAGAGUAGUAAGUUGUCAAGAACAUUCUUCACAACGACUUAGUUACAGCUCAAGUCCAUUCAGUAAUGGUUUGCUAUAGUUUUUUCUGAUUCUUCAGUAGUUUUUUAUUUAGAGUUGUGUUUAUUUGUAUGUAGGUAUGCAUAUAUGACUUAUAAAGAUGGUUUGCUUAAUAAAACACUCAAGUUGAUUUAGGAAAGUUCUAAAGUUGGCGAAUCAUUAAUAUGAAAAUUGCUUGAAUUUUCCAAAUAAAGUCCGUUUUGCUAUGGUUUUUCGUUGUAGGUGUUAUUUUUAUUAUAGUUGAUGUCUGUACCACCAGACUUAGAUUAAUUUAGUACUAUUUACAGGGCAUAUUCAUAGAGUUGACUAUUAUUAUUAAAUGUAACUAACUAAUAUACGCAUAUUUUUCAUUAUUGAAA